AUGAUGGCAACUGCGUUCGGGACUCUUCAGAGAGGCCAAUGUGUACGGCCUCCGAGGCAGGUUGGCUACAUGUCACGUGACGAGGGACUACCGUAUGAAGGUGAUGAAGCGAUCAUGUGCUUGCCGACGACUCGUGACAUGCGCCAUUGCAUGAGGGACUGUAAUAAGGAGGCGCAUUUGCUCGUCGGGCUAAGAACGCGGUCGACAAGAAGACGACAAGUCACUCUCGGAUCUUGCCACCACGCUGGGCAGCGGAAGCAGGACUUGCAGACUGCUCGCGAUGAUGCUCCUACGCCCGAAGAGCUCGAGCUGGACGACAAGAACGGCAAGGAAUGGGAGGGAGGCAAGCACGCGACACCAGCGAAACGUCUCUCUCACGCUCGUCUCCAUCAAGCAUGCGGCCUGCCUCCGGCAUUCUACGCGCAUAGUGGCAAAUGCAUACAUGUUUUCUGCUACACUGACACCAUGUCGGCUUCGUGUGCGAUGUGGGCGGUAUUGCUCUUCCGUUCAUAUCCACGUCGGAGCAGCCUUCUGCUGCAGAGGGACAUAUUUUGGCUUGCACCACUGCCCAAAGUCGAGCAGAGUGCCUAUGUGCGCUUUUCGUUCUUGCUGCAGCCCGGGUGGAUCUCCUAUGUAGAGACGGGACUGUCUCCCAUACUAUUCCCACGCUAUGCGCACAAGCUGAUCGUUGUGCCGCCCUGCAUCAUUGAUGUGACGGCUAGUGUCUUCGUUGACGGAUUUAUGUUCUAA